AAACACUACAUGGACUGAUCGCGGGCAGCAAAGAUCAGUUUCAAAAUGGCGGCGGCGGCGACCGCUGUGAAGAGAAAACCAGACUCAAAUGUUCCACCAGAAGAAAGUGACUUGCUGAGGAUAACUCCGCUGGGAGCUGGGCAAGAAGUUGGCCGAUCAUGUCACAUCCUGGAAUUCAAAGGAAAGAAAGUGAUGCUGGAUUGUGGCAUUCAUCCUGGAAUGUCUGGAAUGGAGUCGUUACCUUUCCUUGAUGAAAUAGACACAGCAGAAAUUGACCUACUCCUGGUUAGCCACUUUCACUUGGAUCACUGUGGGUCCCUUCCAUGGUUUCUAGAAAAGACUACCUUUAAAGGACGGGUGUUCAUGACACAUGCAACAAAAGCAAUCUACAGAUGGUUGCUUUCAGAUUAUGUCAAAGUUAGUAAUAUUGCAACAGAGGACAUGCUGUACACAGAGUCAGAUCUAGAAAAAAGCAUGGAUAAGAUUGAAACAAUUCAUUUUCACCAGGAGAAAGAGGUGAAUGGAAUCAAGUUCUGGUGUUACCAUGCUGGUCAUGUUCUUGGGGCAGCCAUGUUUAUGAUUGAAAUUGCUGGCGUAAAGAUUCUAUACACGGGUGAUUUUUCUCGUCAAGAAGAUCGUCAUUUGAUGGCAGCAGAGAUUCCAAGCAUUUCACCUGAUGUUCUCAUCAUUGAAUCAACUUAUGGAACUCACAUUCAUGAGAAACGUGAGGACAGAGAGAACAGAUUUACAAGUACUGUUCAUGACAUAGUUAAUCGUGGUGGCCGAUGCCUGAUUCCUGUGUUUGCUCUUGGAAGAGCUCAGGAGUUGCUUCUUAUUCUGGAUGAGUAUUGGCAAAAUCAUCCUGAGCUUCAUGAUGUCCCAAUCUACUACGCCUCACAGCUAGCCAAGAAAUGCAUGUCAGUGUUCCAGACUUAUGUAAAUGCAAUGAAUGAGAAAAUUAAAAAACAGAUUGCCAUUUCCAACCCAUUUGUGUUUAAACACAUAUCAAAUCUCAAGGGCAUUGACCAAUUUGAUGACAUUGGUCCAUCAGUUGUGAUGGCGAGUCCAGGAAUGAUGCAGAGCGGUUUGUCCCGUGAACUCUUUGAGCAGUGGUGUACAGAUCGCAGGAACGGUGUUAUCAUUGCUGGUUACUGUGUAGAAGGAACACUCGCCAAGGUAAAUUCUUGCUCUCUGUUUUUACAUUGUUCCUGGGGAAAGUGUGUUACAAUAGACCGUAUUUUGAUCUUUUUCAUGCAAUUUUUCUUUUGUCCGCAGGAUGCCAGUGUUGUAGUUCAUAACCCCCCUAACACUCAGAGCGUAGAGCUCUAUUUCCGGGGGGAGAAGAUGGCCAAGGUGAUGGGAAGCUUAGCAGCGGAAAAACCCGAACAUGGGAAACCUUUAUCAGGAAUCCUCAUCAAAAGAGGCUUCAAUUAUCAUUUGAUCGCACCAGAUGACCUUCAAAAUUACACAGAGCUCUCGACAAGUGUUCUCACACAGAAGCAGACCGUCGCUUUCCAUGGCGCCUUCUCUCUGCUUCUCCAGUGUAUGGAGAACUUGGCUGGCGACGUUGAACAACUCACGCUACAAGGAGGAAAACUUGCGCUUAAAGUGUUCAAAGCUAUCACUAUUAUUCAGGAGAAAAGAAGCGUCGUUGUUGAGUUUGGCGUCGGCGGAGGAGGGAAGUUGGCGUUGGAGAACGUUUUUUCGUAUUCUUACCAUUUCGCUUUUUCUUGUUACGUUCUUUUCACAGAUUACACAGAGCUCUCGACAAGUGUUCUCACACAGAAGCAGACCGUCGCUUUCCAUGGCGCCUUCUCUCUGCUUCUCCAGUGUAUGGAGAACUUGGCUGGCGACGUUGAACAACUCACGCUACAAGGAGGAAAACUUGCGCUUAAAGUGUUCAAAGCUAUCACUAUUAUUCAGGAGAAAAGAAGCGUCGUUGUUGAGUGGGUGGCGAAUCCUGUGAAUGACAUGUAUGCUGAUGCUGUUCUAGCUGUGAUUUUACAAGUGGAGUCCAAUCCUACAACUGCUCAAGCUGCUCGUGCUAAGAAGCCAGAUAUAAGCCAGUUUCCAGAAAGGUUGAUGAAGCUUUUGAGAGGCACGUAUGGCAACGAUGCUGUAAUAAGAACUACUAAAGGAGAUCAGAUAUCAGUGAAAUUAGACGGACUGACCGCUGUGAUCAACCUGGACACACUGGAAGUGGAUUGCGCGGAAGAAAGUUUACAGAGCCAUGUUUCCUCUGCAGUUAAACGACUUCACAACUCCAUGGCACCAUGUCAUGCUUGAAACUGCUUCUUUUGCGCCUUCCAAGAUCUGUCAGGGAGCUCUCCUGUCCUCAUCGACCACGUUAGCUUGAGGACAAACUGUCGACAUGUCAUAUGUUAGAAGUGGAGCUCUUAAAGUCGCCAGCCCUCUUUGUAAAAUCGACGUUGUUAUCGAGACCAACUUCAAGCUCAAUUCUUUACUAGGCCUUUUUUGCGUUUCUAUAGUACGCUGGACAAAACUGUUCUGGAUCGAUCUUUUGCCACAAAAAAUUAAAACAAGCAAAGUGUCGCAAAUAACUUUGUGAUUUUUGUUAACUUUAUUAAAUUCCACACAUGGAAAAUCAAUUUCAUAUACUGGGAUGACGCAACUAAAACUUGCGUUACAGCGUACCCAAAUUUGGUAACUGAAUCACAAAAGUAAGGAAAAUCACGUGAUUUCUUAGAGGAAAGAAUCACAUUCAAGUGUUGUUUUGCGACGAACAUCGUUAUGUGUAUGUGUAUUUCUUGUCAAGAAUUUGGCAAGAAGGCGUGAGAAAGACUUACAAAAAGUCUUUGAAAUACGAUACUGUCUUCAGACAUUGAUCUUCUUUCGGAGUAAAGUCUUUACACUGUUCUUGCCACUAGAUCGGUCUUCUACCUGUUUUGAAGAUAGAAGCCAGUAGCUCUCGCUUCGUGCAGACCAAAAUUACUCAAAAUGCUGCUGUGUAAAAGUGUUGUCAGCCAAGAACCUCAGACACUGCGAUUUGUGCCUUUCGAGAAGUUGCCGGACCCGUGUCUGUUCAUCUGCCAGGACUGAGCCUGCCAUUUUCUCACAUUUUCUGACAUGUGGUAAGAGCUUGAAAUCACCGAGCUUUGUUUGGUUUGCCUUGUGGCCCUUCGGUGGUAGCAUCACAACUUGAAUCUUGAUUCUGUAAACCACUCAUGUAGUGUUGUUUUGAUGGAUUAUUGCACAUUCCUCAUGAUUUCUCGUCGAAUUCAUGACAAAAAAUCCACAAACACGUAACAAUAUUUUCCGCAACACAACACUGGGCCGAGACUACGAUGUUGAUGAAAAAUAUGACAUGUUUUUCUCAGACAUUGCGUGAUUUUCCGUACUUUUGUGAUUCAGACUGCAAAUUUGAAUAC